AUGACAGAAUGUAGGAAUGAGUUAAGAAAUAGAGAUUCAGAAGGGGAUUCAAACGAAGUGGACACAACAUUUAGCGAAUCGAUGAGGUAUGACGUAAAGCUUUAUUAUGGAGGUCAUUUUGUACAAGUGCCUACCUACUCCUACACAUCAUCUCAGUUCAAGCUCUACAAAAAUAUUGACUUGGAGAAUAUAACUGUAAACGACUUGAAGGUAUUUUUGGGCGAAAUUGUUGGUGAGUUUGAUAGCUUAUAUUUUGGAAUCGAUAAUGGAAGGCUAGAGUUGCUUAAUAAUGCUUCAAAAUUUGAAGUUAUUGAAUAUAGUAGAACAUGUAAUAAUCUGGCUACUUUAUAUGUGUACCAUGUGUCCCUCCCUGAGUGUGAUAAUGAUGAUGACUAUUUCAAUGACCAAGACUGUAGUGACGAGAAAUUUGUUCAGAUUAAGAAAAAGGGUAAGGAAGAUGAGCAAAGAUUAGAUGAGCUUCAAAAUGAAAAAUGCAAUAAUGAAGAGGGGAGUGACUCAGAAGAUUCGUACUAUAGUGAAGAUGAAAAUGACCUUUUAAAUGAGUAUACUAGUGAGGAAUCAGAUGAUGAAAUUUGCUAUGCCAGUCCCCCAGAGUCAAAGAGAGUGAAAAGAGUUGAUGAAAUAUUUAAUGAAAAUGCAUUAGGUUCUGAUAUAAAAUGGAAGGUUGGUUUGAUUUUUCAUGAUAAAAAACAGUUAAAAAAUGCUAUUAGAUUAAGCUCAAUGGAAUGUGGCAGACCCUACCAUUACAUGGUUGAUGACCCAAGAAGACUUCAAGUAGGCUGUGCAAAGGGUUGUCCAUUUAGGAUGUGGGCCACUUAUAUUAAAAGUACCCAGUCUUGGCAGGUGAAGACUUUAAAAGAUGAGCAUAAUUGUGUAUGGAAUUACCAAAACAGGCUUGUAACAGUUAAAUGGCUUGCUGAUAAGUAUGGGGAUAGAAUAAGGAAAAAUCCAAAUUGGAAGUUAGUAGAGAUGCAGGAGGAGUUCAAAAAGGAACUAAAGGUGGAUGUGGGUAAGUGGAAGUGUUGUAGAGUGAGGCAAGCAGCUUUGAAGGGUGUUGAAGAAAAGAUGGUUCAACAUUAUGCAAAUCUGAGAAAAUUUGCUGGUGAGAUUCUAAGGAGCAACUCUGAAAAUACUGUUAAGAUAAUGACCUCUAGGUUGCAGGAAGGGGAUCCACCUAGAUUCCAGAGAAUAUACAUAUGUUAUGCAGGUUUGAAGAAGGCAUGGAAGGAGUGUAGGCCAGUAUUGGGACUUGAUGGGUGUUUUCUAAAGACAGUCACAGGGGGACAGUUGCUUAGUGCUGUGGGAAGAGAUGGAAACCAUUGUAUUCUACCGGUAGCAAUAGCUGUUGUCGAAAAUGAAAAUUAUGAGAGCUGGAAGUGGUUUCUACAGCUUCUGAUUGAUGACUUGGAUUUAGGAGAAGGGACCGGAAAGACACUAAUUUCUGAUCAGCAGAAGGGUCUAGACAAGGCGAUAAGAGAAUUGAUGCCAUAUGUGGAACAUAGGUUCUGCACACGACAUUUAUGUGCAAAUUUGAAGAAGGUCUAUCCAUCUAACCUUGUUACUAAUUGUUUCUGGACUGCCUCAACAUCAACUCAUCCACAAGCGUUUAAGAAAGCCAUGAAAGAACUGGAGAGGGUGUCCAAAGGAGCAGCUGAGAAGAUGAAUGAGUUGGAUCCUGGAGUGUGGUCGAAGGCACUCACUGCUAUCAAUUCACAAAAGAAACAAGUGACUAGUCAAUUGUCUACUGCAUCAAAGUCAUGCACAGGGAGCACAACCAGAACUACAUUGAAAGGGGGGAAAAAGUUCAAGCCUCCAAGAAAGACCAAAGACCUGAACUCUCUUUAA